AUGCACUUGCUUUCAGCCGCCCACCGCUCCUUGCUCGCCGCCCAUGCCCACCACCCCCAUCUCACCAUCUCCACUCUUUCCCUUGUGGCCACGGCGACGUUCUAUCGACUCUUCUUCCUUCUGCUACUCUGGCGGCCACGGCCGGAGGCUUUCCCCGAAUCACGGACGCUAUUCGUUACCCUCCUUUUCGCGCUGCCGACAUGGGGGCUAGCAAUGUGUCUCGCGCAGAGCCACUGCUUGUGGUCGUCGAACAGGAGGAAGGAACGGGUGAACGGAGGAUAUAGCCUGGUGCCCUUCAACGAUCGAGAGUGGGGUGUGGACGUGAAAGACCCUUCUUGUCUCAUAUUCGGCACCAACGCAUUCGGGAGUUACAUGGCGUUGUUCUGCGUUGGACUUUACCUUGUGGCAACCUUCAGCCUGCCAGAAGACGUCCAGUAUGGCGACGUCAUCCGCGGAGCGCGUAGAAGCACAGUGCGGAGGAAAGAGGGCCAUGGCUCGGGCGAAAAGAUCUUCAUCGCAGCCCUGUUCCACAAUAACGAAGAGGUUAUUCCUCAUUGGACAAAAGAGAUUAUGAAGGUCAUCAACUAUCUCGGAGCGGACAACGUUUUCGUGUCUAUCGUCGAAUCUUAUAGCAAAGACGCCUCUCCGGCUCUUCUCCGUUCAUUUGAAUCACGCCUCUCUUCACAAAAGAUACCACAUCGCAUCCUGAUCCAAAACACAGCUGUUCCCCGUCCGGCUGUAUGA